AUGACGGACAUUAUCGUCGGUUGCGGGGAGGUUGACAAGGUCUGGGAGAGUGGCAGGAUACAAAACGCCAAUGAGACCGACUCGCACAAACAGCGAACCGAUUUAGAGAUGGAGCAGGACAGUUUCGAGUCUCUUCAGAUCCCAGUCCACUCCCACGUCCGGUACAGUAUCUAUCCACAGAAGACUCUUCGAGCGAUCCUGGCGCCAGAAUGCUAG